AAUGCAAAAAGAACUGUCAAAAGUGUCCCAAAUUGCCGGGAAAAAAGCGUGUGUUUCAGUGUUCAAGUUAUCCAGAUUUUCCGGCUGCAGGAAGUGCUCAAAGUGUCAAGAUGGAUUUUAAUAUGCUCGUGCAGCAAGCCCAGAGGCUGACCAAUGAAGUGGCCAACACGGAGGACAUUCCGCAGAUGGAGAGGACGCUACCGCAAGUCCUCAUGGCUGCCCAGGAGCUCCACUCGAGGGUAACUCAGUCCGAGAUGGGCUCCCAGGACGCCCAGGCCCACAUCAUGUUGGGUUCCAAGGGAAUCGAUCUUCCCAAGAUCACACAGAAGCUGGAAACUCUGAGUUCCCGGAAAACUUUUGAGCCACUGGAUCCCAUUGCGGAUACAGACAUUCAGAGUUUUCUGCGGAAUGAGAAGGAGAAUGCUAUCCUGUCGGUCAUUGAGGAGGUCCACAAAGAGACCUACAAAAGUGCCCAGAAACAAAAAUGGGAUCACAUUGUGUCAGAUUGGAGGGAGGAAAAGGUGAAGCUGAUGAAUGCUUUGAUCGGUUCAUCUCAGGGCUGGAUAGAUAUCCAGAAAGGUCCUGAACAAACGAUUCUCAAUGAGACUUCCGUGACUGGAAGAUCUUGCCUGAGUAGUCAGGAGAUGGCUUAUGCCAGGGAAGUCUUGGAGUACAAUAGAGUCGUGAUUGAGGGUGUUCUGAGGCCGAAUCUCGUGCAGAAAUUUGCUCUUGUAGCCGAGGAGUUCAAUGAUGCCAAGAUUACGGAGAUGUGGGAGAUUGUCAAGUACAUGGUGAAUGUGAUGCCUUCAGCGAGGAUUUUGGAUCCUCUGCGGCAGAGAACUCACAGUGGGCAGUUGAUUCAGCAGGCUAAGAAGUAUUUGGAGCAUCGGUAUAAGGUUUACAUGUCCACGGUUGUGUCGGAGCAUCUCCGGGAGGCUCAAUUGGGCGGAGUACCCAACACUUACAAUUUGGUCAGUGCUUUUGUUAGGCUGAGAUUCGGUGAUUUGGACAGUUUGAACUGCAUUGGGCUGCAGGAUGGAAGGAUCGAGGGCAAGCCAAUCUGGCCAAUGGUUUUCUAUUGCCUGAGAUGUGGAGAUAUCCAGGCGGCACUUAAGUGUCUGGAUUACAUUGGGCCAGGGCAUGAGGAUGUGAUUCAGGUGCUCGAGGAGAAAUUCCGGAAGCCCGAUCAGAAGAUUAGUUCGAAGUUGGAGCAGCAGAUAAAGACGCAGUACAAGAGACAAAUUCGGAAUGCCACUGAUCCAUUUAAGAGAGUUGUCUAUUGCAUUGUGGCUUCGUGUGAUAUCCAGGAGCAGCAUCCGGACAUUGCCAAGACGUCCGAUGACUUCCUGUGGAUCCAGCUGUCGCUGAUUCAGACGGAAGCUGAGGCCAAUCAGGAGAUUCUAACGUAUUCGGGACUUCAGACGAUGAUCCUCGAGCAAUAUGGCGAGAAGCACUUCAAUGCCCAGGAUCAGCCACAUCUCUAUUUCCAGGUUCUGGCUUUGACUGGACAAUUCGAAGUUGCCAUUGAGUUUUUGUCUCGUUUCGACCGAUUCCGGCCCCAUGCUGUUCACAUAGCUCUGGCUCUUAGUGAAUUGGGAAUGCUUGGAGGUUCCCAUGAUGUCCGGCAGCCACUCCUCUCAGUCGAUCCUGAAGAUCCGGUUCCCAUGCGAAGGCUCAAUCUCGCACGUCUCGUGAUGCUCUAUGUGAAGAAGUUCGAGAUUACCGAUCCAGCCGAAGCCAUUCAGUACUUCUUCUUCCUCCGGAAUCUCCACGAUAGUGACGGCAGGAAUCUCUUCCUGCUCAGCGUUACGGAUUUGGCCAUGGAGUGCGGAGAAUAUGAUUUGAUCUUUGGAAAAAUCCAGGUCAAUGGAAUCCGAUCCAGAGGUCUAAUCGAUCAGUUUGAAUCGGUUCAGGUGGAUCCCAAGGCUGCAUGCCAAAUGGUGGCUGAUGAACUAGUGAAGAAGGGAAUCUUCGAGAAUGCCAUCAAAAUGUACGAUUUGGCAGAGAAUCACGAACAAGUUCUCAAUUACACCUCGGUCCUCCUGAGUCAGGUGGUCAAUCAGCCAGGGAAGAGGGGAUCGGUUAGGGAGAGGAUCCAGGUGAUUGCCAGGGAUAUCAAGGAUCGAUAUGACAUCGAUGAGAUCAAGUGUGAUCCCAAGACUGUUGCAACAUUCAUCAUUCUCUACGAUCUGCUCAAAUUCUUUGAUGAGUUCCACGAGAAAAAGCACCAGAUGGCGCUGGAGACUCUGGCCAAGAUCAACCUGGUUCCAUUCACAAUGGCUGACCUCGACAAUUGUCUCAGGAACUUCAAAGACUUGCGAGUGGAAGUCUGCAAAGUCUUUCCGGACAUCCUUCUGGCCACAAUGGACAUCCUGUACUCUCAGUACAGAGCCAUUAAAGGUAAGGGUUCCCAGACUCCUCUUGGUGAAAAUCCACUGACCAGACUCCGGGAGCAUGCCAAAGCCCUCACGAGCAUGGGAGCGACGAUUCCCUACCGAAUGCCCGGCGACACGAACAACCAACUCGUCCAGACGGAAAUUCUUAUGCAUUAAGGUGAUCAAACGAUAUACUUUUGGGCUUAAGGAUCGAGAUUGAGACAAAAUCCCGCUCCAUACCUGUUGACCUGCAGAAGAGUAUCAAGAAGAGUGGAGAAUUCGCCACAAUCAUAGAUAAACUGUGAUUGUGGUCCUGGUUUUCCAACCAGGGCUACGGUGUUCUUCAUUUUUAAUAAUGCAUAACCUACAAAGUCUUUGUUGGAUGUUGAUGGAGAAAUUGUCUCUCGUGCAAAGUCCGAAUUGUGUUCAGUAUAACGAUUUUUGUGACAAUUUUUUCCCCAAAAUUUCUACACCUGAAGAAGGAGGAAAACCCGGAAAACCCCUCCGAAACGUCGGCUUGAGAAAUUAAGACGAGAAAGGAACCAAAGGUCAAUACUGUGUUUUACUGUGCCUUAUACUCAGUUUACUGGCCGAAAAUUAUCUAGUAUUGCAUUACUAUUCGGAGAAAAUAUUGCAUCUUCUGGACAGCCUGCUUUUUGUGCUUUUACUUCAAACAGUUACAUGUAUCUGCGCCAUUCUGUGUUAAAC